AUGGUGGAUAAUCCAGAUAAAUUACGUGAAAUAUGUCUACGAAAAUUUGUUUCUCUAUUAAAAUAUGAUGAAUUUAUAUGGAAAAAACAAAUUGAAGGAUGUAUUAAUCAAAUAUAUGAAAAGGAAAAAAGUCAAUCAUCAUUAAAUGGUCAACGAAAAAGAAAAUACAAUACAACCGAUGACGAUGAUGAUAAUAGUACUUUGGUCCAAAAAGUCGAUUAUAGUAUUUAUGAGACUCAAUUGAAAUGUAAUAAUCGACCUUCGUUUCUUGAACAAUUUCUUCGUGGUAUAUGUCCACUAAAUGCCAUAUUAUCUGAGCGUCUUGUUGAUUAUUUAGUCAGACAAAAUCAAUUAAAUGAUUUUACUCUAACACUAUUUUCAUCGAAUGUUACAAGUUUAAAGCGAAUCGUACUCAAUGUUAAAUAUUUAAGUCAAUUACAAUGCCAUAUUCUUCAGCAACAUUCGAAUUUAAGUGAAAUUAAAAUUAUUUUUAAAGAUUUAAAUAACAAUCGAUCAACUCACGAAGUUAAUAAAUUACUUUAUCAGCAUAUUUGUCCAUCGUUAUAUUCGAAAUUCGAUGAUAUUUAUACAGUUUAUGGUCCAUUAGUUCUACAUCAUUUACGUGGACAAUCGCCAGAAAAUUUAAAUCGAAUAUCUUUAUUCAAUCGAUAUUUAUUUCAACGCUCACCUGCUCUAUUAGAAGGGUUUUCACAUCAACGAAUAUUCAAUACUGUUCUAAAUAGUUUACAUCCGUUAACAUUUCAACGAUUAAAAAUUCUUAACAUUGCACAUUAUAAGUUCUUUGCUGCAUAUCAUUCAACGUCCACUUGGAAACAUGCACGAGUUGAUAUGUCACCUUUAAAUAAAUGUUCAACACAUUCUACUACAACAAUAUAUUCAUCUGUAAAUAUAAUUCCAACAAAUCUUCGUCUUAUAUUGAAAUUCAUAAAUCUAACUUCAUUAAAUAUCAAUAAUACCGAUAUAAAAAAUCAUUGCCUCGAUCUUAUAAUCGAUUCAUUAGAAAAAUUGCAUAAACUUGAUAUAUCGUCAUGUUCAUCAUUAACAUCCUUUAAUUGUUUAUCAAAAUUAGCAACAAAAUUAAAAUCUUUAAAUCUAUACAAUUGUUCAUUUCAAAUGCAACAAAAUCCAACGAUUUAUGAAAUUUUACAUCAACUAAAGCAUCUUGAAUAUUUAGACAUUAGCACCGAUAAUGAAAAUUCAAUCACAAACACAAAAUAUAAUAUCAAUGGAUUUCUAUCCGAACCCAAUUGUUUAUCGAAUCUCAAAGAAUUAGAUUUAAGCGGACAAAAGAAUAUCUCAUCAAAAUCUUUAUAUAAAUUUUUACUCUCUCAUAAGAAUCUUGAAUUUCUUGGCUUAUUUUUAACUGAUGAAAAAUGUACGAAUUGUUUAUUUGAUAGAAAUGAUUUAUGUUAUUCAAAACUUCGUUUGUAUACAUACGAUCUAAAUGAUAUCACUAUUGAAAAUGAUGCACAUCUUUAUGAACCCUAUCUCAUCGAGUCAUUAAAACGUUAUUAUGAUCGAGUUAAUUUUGUACAGAAAAUUCUUUAUUAUAUAUUUUUUCUUACACGUUCAUAUCAAUCAAAAUAUCAAAAUCUUCUCAUCGAUUUAAUACUUCAUACAAUGUCAAUACAUCGAAAUUCACAAUCGAUUCAAUUGGCAUCAACAGCAUGUAUUUACAAUCUAACACGUUCACCAAUUAUUGAGCAAAUUCAUCUUAAAUCUUUAACUAAAAUCGUCGAAUCGAUCAUGACGGUUAUGGAAUAUUUUCCUAAUCAACAACAAUUACAAAAAAAUUGCUUAUUGGCUCUAUGCAGUGAUAGAAUUUUGCAUGAACCAAAUUUUAAUUUUUUUCUAUUAGCAUCAUUAGUUAUGAAUAAUUUACAAAAUCAUACUGAUUCAGCAAUUAUACAACCGGGUGUGGCUAUAUUAGCUUUAUUGACAAGUAGGUUAACUGUAGAGGAAUGUACCAAAUUGGGCUCCGUUAUAAAUAUUCAUUGUCUUCUUCAAUUAAUCGAACAUCAAGUAAACCGUUUACAAGCCAUGCAAAACAUUCAGAAUCAUGCAUCUGAGCAACCAUUAAAUCAUAAUCUACUACUGAAUAAUGAUCUCCAAUUAACAGGAGAUGACACAUUACGUUUUUGUCUGAGUCUUCUAUGGAAUUUAACAGAUGAAAAUCCAAUUGUAUGUGAACGUUUUGUACAUUCCAAUGGUUUACAAUUAUUUCAACGUUUGAUUCAUCUAUUCUCAACAGAUACAAUUAUAUUAACAAAAAUUCUUGGGGUGUUAAGUAAUAUUUCUGAAGUUUCGCAUUUAAUUAUGUGUCUCUAUUCAAUUGAUAUUAUUCCUUUAAUACAAAAAUUCUUAACAGAUGCUAUUAUUGAUAUAGCAUUUUCUGCAGCCGGCAUUCUUGCACAUUUACUCUUUCAACAAAUCAAUCGUGAACUUAAUUUGGAAUUAUGUCAAUAUAUGAAAAAUGCUAUUUUGAAAUGGCAAAAUCCAGAUAGAAAUAUAAUUACAUACAGAUCAUUCAAACCAUUUCUACCAUUAUUGCAUUGUACACAAAUUCCAGUCAUACAGCUUUGGGCUGUUUGGGCUAUUCAUCAUGUUUGCAGUACAGAUCGUGCACGAUACAUUCGAAUAAUGCGCGAAGAAAAAUUGUAUGAUUUAAUACAAAAAUUAUAUUUUGAUCAAAUAUCAUCGGAUCAUUGUGAUAAAUCUACAAUUCAAUUACUCAAUUCAAUUCUUCAUCUUCUUGAACCAUAUUAUUCAAAUAAUCAUAAAAAUUCGUCAGCUGUUGCUAGUUAA